AUGGCCGUCGCUACGGAUGCUUCGUCUCCUCCUGUUGCCAUGGUGACCACCCCCGGCCCCGUCUCCAUGGCGACCCCCCGCCCCGUGGUCCCGGUGGGGGCGGUGCCGGAUGGGGGCGGGGCGGUUCCCCCGCAAAAAUUCGUCGACUUCGGGGGUUCCGGAUGCUCGAGGCAAGCGUUCCGGUCCAAAUACCACCCGGACGAGGCCCAGCGGCGGCGCCAGGAGAGCAGGGCAGCGCUCAGGAGGCGCCGCGAUGUUUUCCUCUAUCUAUGGGAACGGGGCUGGAUGGACGGGCUGCUGCUGGACAUCGACAGGGCCCCCGCCAUCAUCAAAACACUCGAUGCCGCCCCAGAGGGUCCUGACUCCCCCCAUUCCCCCCCAAGCAGACUGGGGAACAUCGCGGAGGUGGAUUUGGGGAUGGCCCCCCCCGUGAUGAAGAGCUUCAAGGAGUUCCUGCUCUCGUUGGACGACGCCGUGGAUGAGACGGAGGCGGUGAAGCGUUAUAACGACUAUAAGCUGGAUUUCAGGAGGCAGCAGAUGCAGGAUUUCUUUCUGGCACACAAGGAUGAGGAGUGGUACGUCCUUAAGGAUGGGGGUCUGCCCCAUAGAACGAGCCCCCCUGCCCCAAACCCACAUCUGCCCCAUAGAUUUGAUGAGUACUCUCUCAUUUUGGGUUUUCCGCGCCGGGGUUGGGUGACGUUCGACCGCAGUGUGAACAUCAAAGAGAUCUGCUGGAGCCUGCAGAACAUCCGGCUCCGUGACUGUGAACUGAGCCCCGGUGUGAACCGUGAUCUGACCCGCCGUGUCCGUAACGUGAACGGGCUGACGCAGCACCGCACCGUGGUGAGGAACGACAUCAAGCUGGCGGCGCGACUCGUGCACGCGCUGGACGCCCGGGGGCAGCUUUGGGCCGGGGGGGAGAACGACGUCGGUGCCGCCACCACAACCGGGGAAACGCCGCUGGGAGACGGGGACGCGGCCGGCGCCGGAGACAGCGCGGUAAUGGGGGUGAGUGGUAGUCCCCACACGUGCCCCCCUUGUCCUUCAAUGUCCCUCACGGUAAUUAAGAUGGAGGGCGGCACAGAGAACGACCUGCGCAUCCUGGAGCAGGAGGAGGAGGAGGAGCGGCAGGAAAAGGCCGAAGCAGCCAAGAAGGAGGAACCGCGACCCCCCAACAAUGAGAGCAAACCCCCCCCCGACAGCAAAGAGGAGGGGAAGAAGGCUGAAGGGGAGGAGGCAGCCAAUGAGAAGACCCCAAAAGCAGCAGGGGAGGAGGAGGAGGAGAAGGGGAGGAAGGAGGAGGACGGCGAGAAGGAGGCGAAGAAGGCCGCCCCGAAGCGGAAGCGGCCGCGCAGCGGUGAGGAAGAGGAGGAGGAAGAGAGCGACGAUGACGGCAGCGGCAGCGACUCAGAGAGCGGCUCCGAGGGGGGGCGGCGCCAGGGGGGCAACGCAGCAGCAAAACCGAAGGAGAGCGACCCCCCCCCGCGGCCCCUGCACAAAACCUGCUCCCUCUUCAUGCGGAACAUCGCCCCCAACAUUGCGCAGGCCGAGAUCGUGGCGCCCCAGGGCCCCGAGUUCGUGCGGAAGCACAUCUUCAACAAGCACAGCGAGAAGAUCGCCGAGGUGCGGAAGGAGGUUUUGUUCUUCAAUAACUUCCUGCAGGACCCCAAACGUCCCGCGCUGCCCGAGGGGAAGGGGGGACCCCCCCCAGGACCUGCACAGGGUCUGGCCCCAGGGCUGCUGUACCCCCCCCAGACCCCACAGGGGAUGAUGCCCUAUGGACAACCACGGCCCCCCAUCCUGGGCUAUGGAGGUGGUCCCCCAUAUCCCCCUGGUCCCUAUGGGGGUAGGGGCAGCUACGACUCGUUCCGAGGUCAGGGGGGGUACCUGAACAAACCCCGCAGCAGGAUGGUUCGGGGCGACCCACGGGCCAUAGUGGAAUAUCGGGACCUGGACGCCCCCGAAGACGUGGAUUUCUUCUAACCACGACCCCAAAUCCCCCCCAAAAUCCCCAUAUUUUGAUAUGAUCGCCCCCUGCCCACCCCAUAACCAACCCCAACCCCCAAUAAAGGGCCCUAUGGGGGCAACACCCACUG